AUGCCUCAGCUUGCCGUCUUCUCCGCAAAGCCAUAUGACAGGCUCUACCUCACAUCUGGCAGGGCUUCAGAAUUGCUCGAGUCCUCAACCUCUGGCGCCCUUGAGAUUGUACACCAUGAGUUCGCCCUGUCAGUAGACACCGUCAGCGCCUUGCACAAGGACACCCUUGCUGUCUGUGUCUUCGUCAACGACACGGUGGACGCCGCCGUGCUGGGCGCCCUCUCGGAACACGGAGUCAAGGCCGUCCUUCUUCGUUGUGCGGGCUUCAACAACGUCGAUCUCAAGACUGCCGAACAGCUUGGACUGCAUGUCGCAAAUGUCCCUGCGUACUCGCCCGAAGCGGUCGCCGAGUUUGCCGUGGCUCUCAUCCAGACUCUGAACCGCAACACGCACAGGGCUUAUAACCGUGUCCGCGAGGCCAACUUUAACCUCGCCGGCCUCCUGGGCAAGACCCUGCGCGGCAAGACAGUGGGUGUCAUCGGCACAGGACGUAUCGGCGUCGCGUUUGCAAAGAUCAUGGGUGCCGGCUUCGGAUGUCGUAUUGUGGCGUUUGAUCCUUUCGAGAACGACGAGCUCAAGAAGUACGGGGAGUACGUCAAGGAGCUUGAUGAGCUACUUCCUCAAUGCGACAUCAUCAGCUUGCAUUGCCCCUUGAUGGACAACACAAAGCAUAUCAUGAACAAAAGCACGCUGCAGAAAAUGAAGACCGGCGCGAUAUUGGUCAACACGUCUCGCGGGGGACUGAUCGACACCAAGGCUGUCAUUGCGUCCCUGAAGAGCCGCAAACUAGGUGGUCUGGCCCUGGACGUGUACGAGGGCGAGGGAGGUCUGUUCUACCACGACCACUCUGGGACCAUCAUAGAAGACGACGAACUCAUGCGGUUGACCACAUUUCACAACGUGCUCGUAUGUGGCCACCAAGCCUUUUUCACAGAAGAAGCCCUGCGAGAAAUCGCCGACUGCACGAUCAAGAACAUGGCCGAGUUCGUCAGUGGUGGGGAUUGUAGCCAUGCCUUGGUGGGCAAGCCGCAAAGGAAACACUCGAUUCCGCUCAGAACAUGA